UGAGAUGCGUAGGCACCUCAGUGGAAAGUACAGAGCAUACAUGGACAAUGAAAUCAUGCAAGCCUUGCUCUUCCAGUACAUUGGCAUCCAAUGGAGCACCACAUUCAAACAAGCAUUCAAAAUCAGUCGCCGAGUCGCGCGCGUGGAAAACCGAGACACCCGUGCUUUCUCGAGCUCAGCUCAAGCGGCGGAAACCAGCAGCUCGGGGAGUCUCCGGAUGGACCAGUCGGAUUCCGAGGCGGGCCUUUACAACACUCCGGCAGUCGGCAUCUUCCUGUGAGCAUUGAAGCCAAGCGACGAGCGCUACAGCUCGGACAGUUCUUUAUGACGCAGCUCCCAGAUGAGAUGGAGGGCGAGACGGCGUACGAUGAGGAGCCCUAGGUCUGGGUCGAAACCAAAUCAAGGACUGAACGCGCAGCAAGGUGCUGUUGAGGCUUGUGAGCACAGAGGCGCACCUGAAAAAGACUCUCAAGGGAAGCUGUACCAUUAUGCGUGCAGAUCUGGAGUGGUUCGGACCGUCGUUACCGCACGACUCGAUCCUGACGGUGCUCAAGUUUUUCGGGAUGUCC